AGCUUUUGAGGGUUGACCAAGGGACAAAAGCAAUAGUAGCCGACACGGGCUUGUACAUUACUUUCCAUAGCCGUGCCGCAUGCUGAACUGCCAAAGAAGCAGAGAACUAGAAAGCUUGAGCUCAUGAAAUGCGGUCGGGGUCAUGAACUACACCUAACACAUUUGCCCUGUGCUCGCAAGCACCGUUGCACAGUUUGUCAUGAAGUCAUUCCAAGAUCUGCCCGACGGUUCAUGUGCCGGCGAUGCAGCUACGACGUAUGCUUCGACUGUGGGAUGCAUGACAACUGUUUGAUUGAUCGAUCGAAGGACUCGCAGAAGACCUUGCGCUCAGUCUUCAAGGAGUAUGCGAUGGGACAUCAAAGAAGUGUGGCUAUCAGCACCACUUAUGACAUCAUUUCACCUAGUGAUGGGCACAUGCGGCGACACCAGCACAAGAGGGGCCUGGGAGUUGGUGAGGACUGCAGGUAUGCAGUGUUCAGUGAUGCCACGAUGAACGUGGACACAUUCCACUUACCAACACCAUCGGAAAGGCCCAGUUCACGAGAAACUCCAUCAUCAUCCGAUCCGACCAUCGACUUGGCACGAGCAGUGGUGAAGCGCUGCAUGCAGCUGGUGGAUGUUGUCGCCGCUGAAGUGGCUGCCGGCUUCGAUUGCCUGGACUACGAAUGGCUGCCCAAGCGUCCGAAGAGCUCAGUACAGAAAACCAAGAGUGGUUACUUGACCAAGCACCCGCGUCGUGGAAUGGUCCUGUCACAAGCGCAGAGGCGGUUCUUCGUUCUCUCACAAGGCUUGCUCCAGUGGCACAAGGACGACUCCAAAAAUUCAGAAGUGCUUGGUGCUCUUCGAAUUGGCAGCACCACAAGUGUUGAGAACGAUGAGGAGCUGCGCAUCCAGACGGGUGAUUCUCACUUGAUCCUCACUUCUCCGGAAGGUGAUGUGCUAAAGGAGUGGGCAGAAGCACUUCGAAAAGAGGCACAAGACCCACCAGCCGAAGAACUGUUCUUUGCCGUGCACCCAUGCCUGUCAAGAUCUAAAGAUCUUAAUUCAUCGACUUGCUUGGAUGCCGAACCGAGCCUGUUGGCCUGGCUUCUCGAGGGGGAAGAUGCACCACGAGGCUAUUCUGCUGCUACAGUGGGUAUGUACGCUGAGAAGAUCGACACUUUGAUUCGAGCAGCAACCGAGCUACAGAAGCUCCAGCCAAUAGUGUCAGAGGUGACUGCACCAGUGAAGGUCUUUGGAGACAUUCACGGACAGCUCCGAGACCUUUUGCUUUUGUUUCACUUCUACGGGAGGCCAGAUGAUGAUGAGGAGGAAGGUGACGAUGAACCCAUGUCCUAUGUGUUCAAUGGGGAUUGGGUAGAUCGAGGCCGCCACCAGUUGGAAGUGAUGCUUUUGAUUCUCUCCCUGAAGAUCGUACACCCAAAGCAGGUGUGGCUCAACAGGGGCAAUCACGAAGACCGUCAGCAAAACCUGCGCACCACCAAGAUAGGCAGCUUGGGCUUUGACAGAGCUUGUUUUGAAGCACUAGGCGCGGAAGAGGGGCGAAGGAUUUUUGAAUCCUUCCAGUCCUUCUUCGAAUGGCUUCCGCUUGCUGCCCGCAUCGAGCAAAAAGUCUUGGUGCUACAUGGCGGCCUUGGGCCUGGUGACUGGACGUUGGAGGAUCUCUCACAGGUUGAGAGGCCUUUGGUGUCCAAAGAGCUGCAUUUUACUCUUGAAGGAGUGGUGUACAACAUCCUGUGGUCUGACCCUUUGACCCACAAGCCCGAAAAUCGCCGGGAUCCUUUGAAGAGCUUUGGCGUGCAUGACAGUCCGCGUGACAAGCACUGGCAAGUCAUGAAGAACUUCGGCCGUGAUGUGACCCAGCGCUUCUGCAAAGCAGAAGGUCUCGAGCUCGUAAUUCGAUCGCAUCAGUUUACCAACACAUGCAAGGGCUAUGAACUCAUGCAUGAUGGCUACUUGCUGCGAGUGUUCUCAGCGCGAAACUACAUGGGGACAGUCCCCAACGAUGGCGGAAUGCUUUUGAUUGGAUACGGAGAAGAUUCGCGUGGCUCUGUAUCACUUGUCGUGCGGCCACGCAGUGUGGAGCGCUUGACAGGAGCUAACCGAGGCAGACAGAACACAGAAUUGCCAGGUUCUAUUUUGAGCUACGAACCUUAUUGCCCAAGAAAGCACUUGAUGCAGCUCAUCAAGCCCGAACAGGUGAGAUGCUUCGGGUGGACCCAUCGAGACUCUGACGACUUCCGCUCCUGCUCUGAGUGUGGCCAGGACGAUAUUCAAGUUGAGUGUUAUUUCGCUUGCCGUGGGUGUGGCGACUAUGACAUUUGCAUUGACUGCGCUGGGCGGCUCUCUCGGGGGCUGCAAGCUUUACCAGCCUUCAGCCCACCAUCGAGAUCAGUUGAUUCUCCAUCGGGCUUCUCGGAUGACUCAGACGUGAAAGAAGCAUCCCUUGAGCCAGAUGACCUGAGCCAGUCUCAGCCUAAAGACGAAGUGGAGGUCCAGCGAGAUCUUCCAAUUUAGCGUCGCUCUGCACCGCUGGGAGCAUCUUUUCAGCGAAGUGACGUGCAUCUUUCGAGCGACACGGCCGCGGAGCGGUGGC